AUGUCUACGCUUGAUUUCGGAUACGGCGACGCCGGUUUCAUGUACAGCAGUCUCGGUCUUCUCGGGACGGAUUCCGUGAGUUGGUCGUUUGAGGAGGAUAAAUUCUUCGAGACAAAUUUGGCGCAGUACGACGGUUGGCCCAUCACGGGCGACGACUACUGGGGACAGCUUCAACAACAGAUGCCGCAAAAGGCGGUGCAAGAACUGAAGGAUCGCUAUGCAAAGCUCAAGGAGGACAUUCGCGAGAUCGAGUCCGGUUUCGUGUCUCUUCCGGAGUAUUACGACGAAGGUGUCGAUAGCGAAGACUACGUCACGGCCGAAGUCAGCUUUGCGCCGAUGAAAACCGUCAAAGCGCAGCCCGCCGCUCCGGCGGUUCAGGCUCCGGCUCCUGCCGCGCCGCCGGCGAAAAAGUCCAAGAACGUUCCCAAGACAGGCGAUCAAGAACGACGAAAGGGCGUUCCAUGGACUGAAGAAGAGCAUAGACUAUUCCUUCUCGGAUUGAACAAGUUUGGCAAGGGCGACUGGCGCAGCAUCAGCAGAAACUUUGUCGUCACUCGCACGCCCACGCAAGUGGCGUCUCACGCGCAAAAGUACUUCAUCAGGCUAAACAGCAUGAGCAAGAAGGAUAACAAGCGUCGUUCGUCGAUUCACGACAUCACAUCAGCCACGGGCAGGGAUUAA